GCGGUACAUAACAAAAAGUAAUGGCCAUCUAUUUGGGUCCCGAAGAAGGAAGCGUAGCUUAUUUGUCGUCGUACUACUGUAGGUGCGUUUGAGUUUUUCGAAUGUUAGCUUGAGUAUUUGGUCGUUAGAGGUGCUUAGUUUGCGUUUUCCUUUUGUAGGUUCGUGCCUCGCGGCCACAGAACUGUUCAUUUGUUACAACUCUCUGCCGCGUUUAGAGUUAAAGCAGCCAGCUAAGCCACGCUAAUGCUAGCUACUACGACCGAUGCUGUGUGUGUGUGUAUGUGUGUAUCAGCGUCUGAAAGGGCGUAUGAGUUUGGUGUUUUUUAGCAAGUCUCCUAGCGUUUAUUUCUGAGUUUAGCGUAGCGCGGCUGUGAGUCUUUGAAGCUAAUUCACACUUGGUCGACUUGACGAGGACACACUUUGCACGAGCAUGAGGACGACGACGAUUGACUACUAAAGGAGGAUUAAAAGCUACUCGGACUCCGUCUUCAUGGGGAAAAGUUGAGCUGAGGAUUAACAACCUGGGAAAACUCAAGAAAGCCUUUGAGUCUUACAUAUUGUGCAAGGACAUGCUAAAUCUCCAGUGAUGGAGCCUACUGUUGUGAGUACGUCCAAUCCUUCCCCUGAUGAGUUUGAUAGGAAUGUGCCACGGAUCUGCGGUGUGUGCGGUGACAAAGCCACGGGCUUCCACUUCAAUGCCAUGACCUGUGAAGGAUGCAAGGGCUUUUUCAGGCGCAGUAUGAAGCGUAAGGCCUCCUUCACAUGUCCCUUUAACGGCAGUUGCACCAUCACCAAGGACAACAGGCGCCACUGCCAGGCAUGCAGACUCAAACGCUGUGUGGACAUUGGCAUGAUGAAAGAGUUCAUUCUGACUGACGAGGAAGUGCAGAGAAAGAAGGACCUGAUCCAGCGGAGGAAGGAGGAGGAGGCACAACGAGAAGCAGAAAAGGAAGCACGGCGACCCAGACUCACCGAAGAGCAGAGCCAGGUCAUCGCCACGCUGGUGGAGGCACACCACAAAACAUAUGACGACUCCUACUCUGAUUUCUGCCGUUUCAGGCCUCCUGUGCGUGAAGGUCCAGUGACACGAAGUGCCAGCAGAGCUGCCUCUCUCCACUCCUUCUCUGAUGCCUCUUCUGACUCAUUCAGUCACUCUCCAGAGUCCGUUGACACAAAAAUGAACUUCUACAACAAUCUGAUGAUGUACCAGGAGCAUGGCAACAGCCCCGACUCCAGCGAGGAGGAAGGAUCAAGCUUCUCGAUGCUUCCCCACCUGGCUGACCUGGUCUCCUACAGCAUUCAGAAGGUCAUCGGUUUUGCCAAGAUGAUUCCUGGAUUCAGGGAACUGACUGCCGAGGACCAGAUUGCCCUUCUCAAGUCUAGCGCCAUCGAGGUGAUCAUGCUGCGCUCAAAUCAGAGUUUCAACUUGGAAGACAUGACCUGGAGCUGCGGUGGGCCCGACUUUAAAUACCAGAUCAGUGAUGUCACCAAAGCGGGUCACACUCUGGAGCUGCUGGAACCACUGGUGAAGUUCCAGGUGGGCUUGAAAAAACUGGGCCUGCAUGAGGAGGAACACGUACUGCUGAUGGCCAUCUGUCUGCUCUCUCCAGACCGCCCAGGUGUGCAAGACCACACCAGGAUUGAAGCCCUUCAAGACCGGCUGUCCGAGAUCCUACAGGCCUACAUCGGCCUCCACCACCCCAGUGGACAGCUGCUCUACGCCAAGAUGAUCCAGAAGCUGGCGGACCUGCGCAGCCUCAAUGAGGAGCACUCCAAACAGUACCGCUCCCUGUCCUUCCGGCCAGAACACAGCAUGCAGCUCACUCCGCUGGUGUUGGAAGUGUUCGGCAGCGAGGUCUCCUAGAAACCACGAUGGAAGUUUGGCUGUGGAGACGAGAUUCUGCUGGGUAAAAGCGAAAGAACAGAGCCGAGAAUGUGCUGGAUGGACUACAGGCAGGUGUGGAGUAUGGAGCUAGCAGAACACAGAAAGUAUAGUGUGCGUGCAUGUGAGUGUGUAUGUGAGUGAGUGUGUGCGCGUAUGUUCACGUAUGUAACAUAUAAAGUUUGUGCAAAGGCCACGUGUAUCGAGAGCAAGCAGAUGUUAACACAGCAAACAAGGGAAUGUCAUGUAGUCCAAAUUAAGCUAUCCAUAGGACAUCUGCCUAUAUAUACAGUGUUUUUAUACCUAUUUAAUUCAAACAGCUGCUUUAAAUGCCUGGACAUUAUGUAUGUGUGUGUGCACACACACGCAUACAUACACCAACACAACAAACAUCCUCAGUUGUUCUUUUAGCCAUUCAGUUGAGCUACCUCGGGUUGUUUUAUAUUUACAUCAUCACGAAUGUGAAAAGGUAACUUUUACACAGAUCAAAUUAGGUGCAGCACAUGUGUGUGUAAAAGCAUUGCCUGCACACUAUGAAUAAUUCUCAAAUCAUGUCUUCUUUGAUAUAUUUUAUUUCUUUUUAAACUGUGUCUGUUUCUGGUAUCUAGUUCUCUCCAGGAUCACAUAUGUUUAGGACUGUGUACAAUUCAAACACAUGCCUUUUACGUUUCACCAAAGGUGUGGUCAGCUAAUCAUUAAAACCGACCUAAAAUAAUAACCUUGCUACGCCAUGGCUGCUUCCCUUGUGCAGCCACUCUGCAAGUUAUCCCACCGUAUAUGAAGGAAAAUGUCGUUAUCUUCAUUUUUGCCGCAGAGUACAAAAACUUAGAUGUUUUAAUUGACUUUAAUAGGUUGCCCUGGUUUCAGACGAGAAUUAGCCGCUAAAUGUAUUAGCUGAUUUCAGUGUGCUAAUGAUCGAUCAAACCAGGGUGGAGAUGUGGCUUGGAACUCUCUUGAACCCAUCUUUGAUUGCAUAUUUUUCUUUUUUCUUUUUGUUGAUUUGAUUGAUGUUUUUUUUAUUGAUUAGCAUUCAAAUAUCUCAAUGAAUAUCACAAAGCAAGAAACACGAAACAAGGCUAAUCAAAAGGUAUUGGCUGAAGCAUUUGCUUAUUAUGCCAACCCUUUUAACAAAGAUCUUUUUGCAUUGAUUUCCAUGAUUAUAAUUACUGACUUGUAUUCCUAGCACUGUAAAACAACCUCCAAGUCAACUGCAGGGGUUGGUAUACAGUGUCUUUACUACCACAGAUUUUCAAAGGGCUAAAACGCCAAAUAUAACUGGAAAAAUGAGUGGAGGCCAAAGCAAGAGGCCCAUCGAAUUCUUUUUUGUUUUGUUUUGUUUUUUAAUACAAAUGCAAACAAUACUUGGACUUAGACAUGGAUAAAAUUGCAAUAGAUCUUUUUGUAUGGGGUUUUAUUUUAUAUGUCAUUUCACCUUUAUAUAAACAAUUCCAUGAAUUGUUCCUCCUCAGUAUACCGUGAGCUCGGUGGGCGGAGAGCUUGGGAAGCUGCUUCAGACCUCCACAGAUAUCUCACCCCUUUCGUUUCUGACUGGGAAGUGGAUUUUCUAGAAUGUCCGAGGGCCUGUGGUGGUGGUGGUGCUGUGCACCUCCACGCCCCGGCCCUCCUGUUUGAUGAUGUAUGCUGCGCAGCCCUCUAGUGGCUGCAUUGUGUAAAUAUCAGGUUAUAUAUAUACUUAUAUAUAAAUAUGUCUGCCGCUGUACAUAGGGCUACAAAGAUCCUCAAGGCUUUUUUUCUUUUCUUCUCCCCAGUAAGAUAUAUGCAAAAACAAUAUACCUUUAUUUGUUUCUGAUCUGUUAACACUUUAUUCAGAAAAACACACUCGUUUCUUGGUAGAGGUGACACACGGAAAGUGGUUGCGUGUGUGUUUUUGUCACGGUCUAAUUAUAAUUUUAGAGGCGGGUUAAUGUUAAUUUCCAAAGUUCAUUUUCUGAAGAGGACAAGCUGCUCUCAACUAUAAGCCAUAUGAAGCUAGUUAUAGACGUACAAUAUAUUACUUAAAAAUGAGCCUUGGGAGUUUUCAUUUCUAAUUUAAAAUGAAAGUGGUGUUUGUGUGUGGCGUUAGGAACACGAGCUUGUGUGUUGCUAGAACUAGCCUUCUCUCGGUCAUCCUGGGCUUCUGCUUCAUCAGACAGCUUCUAAAAAGCAAAUAUGCCAAGCUGCUAAAAACAAACCGAACCUUUAAGUGCUUGGGUUUCCAGCCAGUGUUGUGUGACUAAAUGCAGGAUUCAGGUAAAACUAACACAAGGUGGUGUGUUCUUCGUGUUGAAGCAAUUCUCCAAAGAAAUGCUUGGUCAAUUUUCUUCCAAUCGCAGUUGAUUCGACUGAAAAAUAUUUGCAGAGGUUCCUUUUUUGUUUAUUAUAUCAAAUCCCUUUGUUUCUACAAAAAAAGAGCUACAAACAUGUGAUGUGGAGUCAUUUUCACACCACUGAGAUUCAACCUAUAUGUUUUUCUAUUUUUUUUUAAUUUUUUUCCCCAAACCUUAUUAGAAGACCGCUCUAUGUCACUGUGACUUCCCUCUAUCUCUGCACAGUCACUGUGACACUCUGCAGGCUGACAGUCAGGAUAAUCUCCAUAGCACAAAAGAAUUAAGCCCUUUUUAUCACUAUUCCCAUUUCUAGUUUUAUUUUAAUUUUAUUUUUUUUUUGUGUGUGUUUUUGGGGAUUUUAGAUUUAAUGACCACGCCCCACAAACGGCCCUGCUGUGAUUGAACUUUAAAGAGUUAGAAGCUCGAGUGUAUUUAGGCAGUACCACUUGUAUGUAUAGUAUGUCAGUUUGAUGAGGGAGAUGAUGUGCUUGGUUACUGAACACUGACUUUAGAAGUUUUUUUAUUUUUUGUCCUGAAUACAUACACGUGUUUUGUAGAUAUGGGUUUGAUUUAGAGCUGCUUCCCUUUGAGGUGCAGUGAUGAUUCAUGUAUGUGUGAAACAGCGGGAGGUUUGGUGAACAUGUAAGUGCCACAGGGAGCGUUCCCUCCACACAAGAACAGGGUAACGGAGGAGUUUUAAUGGGCGGGGGAAAACCGAACAGGAAAGGUCUCAGAUGUAUUCUAGCCACUGACUGAACACAGAUUUCUUCUCUACAUAUCUAAUUAGAUAUCUUUUGUUUUGAUCGUUUUCCUAAAGAAAUCUUUUCCGCCAGGAAAUGUGAAUCAUUAGCAUCAUCGGAUCAUCCUGUUUGGGUUUUAUCGUGGUAGGCUGCUCUUUUAACAACGUAACACAGUAACGAUGCCUGAAAUAUUUCCACCUCAUGGUACACUAUCACCAGCAAGCUUCACAGUUUCUCAUGUUCGUCGGACAUUUUUGAAGUUUUUCUACACCAAUUGCCAUUACAGAUCCUGUCUGGAGGAAAAUAACUAAAUAAAUAAAUGAAACGUGUGACUCACAGGAGACCUGGCCAUCUCCCAUGAGAUGGAUUUUUUUCUUGUUCUUCCCUUCAGGAACAGGCAUUGUAAUGGAAUCAGUUUAAUGUAGUUCUUACAAAACGGAGUGUCCACAGUGGAUGUAUACCAUAAUCUACCUAAAACACCUACCUCUUUUAGCUCAUGUUUUUGCUUUAGCAUUAAGAAUUUGCCUCUGUUUUUACUUUUUUUAAAUAUUUGUAUUCAUGUUUGUAUUUAUUGUUGUCUAAUGCGUCAUACAUCAAUGAUUACCUCAAAGAUUUCUCGCAGAUUUGGGAGAGUCUAGUUAAUGAAGUUAGUCGAAGGUUGUUAUUUUUUUUUUUUUUUUUUUUUUUUUAGCAAUGCCCCCCUCCCCUCCCUAACACAUAAAUUAUCAGGAGUGUGUUUUUGAUACAGUGCCUGCAAUCUGACCCUCUGGCUAUGAUGAAGCUGCAUUUAAUCAACAACUAUCAUACUUUUCUGCAUCUUAGUGCUUCAGUCUGUCCUGGUGACCAUGUCAUUUUCAUCAGUGCAAAGUUAAUCUUGCUGCUAUGUUGCUGAUAUCGGCUGCAUCUUCUCCAUGAAUGCGACUCUAAAGACGCUUUGCAACAGAAGAAGCGGGAGGUUUCUGUGCUCCACCUAACGUUGUGGCUGCACUUAUUCUGAGACUUUAUUAUUAAUAUAAUCUUUUUUCAUUACUGCUUCUGUUAAGUCUUUUCCUUGGCAGUUUUUUGAUGAAUUAGGGGGAAUUAGAAGGGUUGUAAUCUUCAGCAUUCAUGCAUCGCUGCUUAUGUCUGCAGGUUGUGUGAUACUAGCGUCUUCCACAGGUCCUCAGCAGAGUGACCUUCUUCACCGGAGGACCUUUUUAAAAUCACACACAACUUACUGGGGCUUAUUCGGGUUUUAAAUUAGAACCAUGUGACGUGUAAAAGUGGGUAGACUAAAUUUUUUUAUUUGUAUUGAACAGUUUCAGGUGAAUGAAAUUAGUUUUUUUUCUUUUUUUUUCUUUUAACCGGUUGACAGAUUCUGAGGAGCAGCGUCGCCUUUGUCACAUCUGCCCCUCGCUGUGUGCCAUAAUGUUUAACGUAGGGAGAGUGUUAACAGCUGGCAUCACGUAUUCCUCAAGGAAAUCUGUCGGGAGAAGUCUGAUCACAUUUAUUAUCCCUCCCUCCAUUUCUCUUUAAAUAAAGCAAAUACAUUUUUGGACUCAAUUCCUAUACUGCUUUAAAUUUAAAACGCAAACUACAUUAAACUGAAACACCAGGAACAGUGGAGUACUUAUUAUAGUGUUUGUAACCUGUAGACUGAUCAAGCUACUAGCCAUAAACUGCCUGUGUUGGUCAGCAUGUCAUGGCUUCAUUUAUCAAGACUGUUAUGUCUCCUAAAUUCUAUUGUAAUUGCAAUUUAUCUUGUUUCUUUGUUUUCUCUCUUAUAAAUUGGUUUUAAUGUAAUGUUAUUUUUGUCGGAUGUUUUGCAAAUCAAGAAUAAACAGUUGUACAUAGUACAA